AUAAGCCUCUAAAUCGUUUGCUACGUUAAUCAGAUUUCGAUACCCAAACCAAUACCCAAAGUUACGAAGCUGCUUUUGAAACGUCUCAAAUUUCAUACCGUCAACCCCCAGAGAUUUGUCCCAGCCUCCUUAAACAAUAUCCAACAAUGCAACUCACCACAAUGCUCCUCGCUGCGGUCGUCACCGCUGGCAUCAUCGCCGCCCCGGCUCCAGCCCCCGCCGACGCCAAGUCCAUGAUGGCCAACGUAGCCCAGUGGACGAUCGAGCGAAUGGUGCGCACCUGCAACGCGGCAGACACCUCCUGUACAUGGUCUUUUAACAUCGCAACGCACACGGCGAAUCCGACGCCAUGCCAGUACACGGUGACGGGAAAGCCCGCGUCUCAUGCUUCUACUAAUGGGGUUCACUGUGGGGGAUUCACCAUCAGUUCCGGGUGGAGCGGACAGUUCGGUCCCGGCAACGGUUUCACGACGCUGUCGGUCGUUGAUAACUCGAACAAGCUGAUUGUGUGGCCCGCUUAUACCGACAAACAGCUGGCUAAUGGGGUUGUGGUUACACCUAACCAGAGCUAUGCGCCUGUGACUUUAGGUUAAAGCCGAGAGAGACACGGGUUGGCUACUAAGAAACCGCUGCAGUUCUGUUUCAAGUAGAUAUAUAUUUAAUAUUAGUUACAGUUAGGCAGAUAGUGGCGAAGUAAAUGUGAAUUUGUUAUGGCUUG